AUAAGCAGGAGCUUUCUCUUCUUGAAAUGGUUGAACGAACGUCACAAACUGUUGAUUUGGGUGAACAAUAAUAGAAAGCAGUCUCAGAACAAGCAUCAUGCUGCGUGCAUGCUCUGGCGAGCAGUUCAAAUUUGAGGAGGUGGAGCCUCCUCUGUCACCAGAAUCCUUCUCGACGAGAGAUUUUUCGGCUGGUGGCAUUUCCUCCAGGACUUUGGAUUGGGAUGCCAAGUUUGAGGAUAAUCAUGUCGAAGAGGAAGCGCGUGCUUUAUUGGGACGGCUGGAGUACCAGAGAGGUUUCGGCUGGUGGCAUUUCCUCCAGGACUUUGGAUUGGGAUGCCAAGUUUGUGGAUAAUUAUGUCGAAGAGGAAGCGCGUGCUUUAUUGGGACGGCUGGAGUACCAAAGAGGUUUCGGCUGGUGGCAUUUCCUCCAGGACUUUGGAUUGGGAUGCCAAGUUUGAGGAUAAUCAUGUCGAAGAGA